UGUGCCUGUAUAAUGAUGAAUUGAAGAAAAUAACAUUGGAUAGCUGCGACGAUGUUGUCAGCUUUGCACCUUCUCUCUACAUUUGUCUCGCCCCUCAGUCCUGUUAUUUUAUACUAAACAAAAGCUAAAAACCUAACGAUUGCUAGUACCCUAUGUUUACAUACAGUAUUAGCAAGAUAACUGGGGUAGACUACUAUAUUAAAGGUUCCACCUUAGUAUUCGUGAUAUUGAACUUUUAUUUUCAUACAUAAUCAGUACGACAUUCGUAAAUUGUUGACGUGAAAAUAUAAUGGAAGAAUACUAUUUUAACCGGCUAUCAAAAAACUAUAGCUUGUAUAAACCUCGUCUCCCAGCUAUGAGCUAAAGUUGACCAAAGCAGUAAGGUUGGAUUUAAAGGCAGCUUCCUGACCGCCCCUCUUAGUCUUACGUAAUUACGUUGUGCGUGCGGGUGGGGCCUCCAGUGCAACCGCAUUGUUGUUGGGAGAGGGAAGCCUUGGGUAGCUGCUGGUCGUCAUUAGGAAGCAAACUGUGCAAUUUACGAAUGGUUAUUUUUACUUGUAUUUACAUACCGAUGAUAGAACCGAAGUCGGAAUCCAGACGGCCGUGGUGGAUACAUCUACAUAUCCUUAAGAAUUCCAGCUGAAAGCUUGAACGGCGCCCGUUGGAUGAGAAGAUUGUGCGGAAUCACUGCCGCUCCGCAGGCCACAUCGCCAUUGCUUUCACCAGCGCUGCUGCUGUCUUCAGCAAAAGCUUUGGAACUGCAAGGUUUUCGAGGCGUUCAGGAUGAAGAGAAAAACGCGAAACCAUCGAGCGCCGACGCCGCAGCGCCCGUCCUCUCCCAUCCGGCCCUCGCCCAACCGGGAGACGCUGACGUACGCCCAGGCGCAGCGCAUGGUGGAGCUGGAGAUCGACGGGCGCGUGCACCGCAUCAGCGUCUUCGACAAGCUGGAGGUCAUCUCAGAUGACGACCCCACGGCCCAGGAGAUCAUGGAGUGCAACAGCAAUAAGGAGAACAGCGAGAAGCCGCAGCAGGUCCUGGUCCGGUCCACCAGGCUGAAGAACAGCCAGCAGAAGAAGAACGCGGCGCUGAACGCCACCGCGCAGAGCGCCCAGGCGCCGACCAACACGCUCCCUGAACCCAAAUUCCGCACGGUGGAGUACAACCUGCCUGCAGUGCCCCGGCGACCCUCCGCCUACUUCACCUACGUGGAGAAGACCCCCGAGGAGCUGGACGAGGAGGUAGAGUACGACAUGGACGAGGAGGACUACGCCUGGCUGGAGCUGGUCAACGAGAAGCGGAGAAGCGAGGGCUUCAGCCAGGUCUCCCAGAACGUCUUCGAGUUCCUCAUGGACCGCUUCGAGAAGGAGUCCUUCUUCGAGAGCCUGGGCCAGGCCGACCCCCAGUCGCUCAUCGACGAGGACGCCGUCUGCUGCAUCUGCAUGGACGGCGAGUGCCACAACAGCAACGCCAUCCUCUUCUGCGACAUGUGCAACCUGGCCGUGCACCAGGAGUGCUACGGCGUGCCCUACAUCCCCGAGGGCCAGUGGCUGUGCAGGCACUGCCUCCAGGCCCCCUCCCAGCCCGUGGACUGCGUGCUCUGCCCCAACCGGGGCGGGGCCCUCAAGAAGACCGACGACGACCGCUGGGGCCACGUGGUCUGCGCCCUGUGGGUGCCCGAGGUGGGCUUCUCCAACACGGUCUUCAUCGAGCCCAUUGACGGCAUGCAGAACAUCCCGCCGGCGCGCUGGAAGCUAACGUGCUACCUGUGCAAGGAGAAGGGCGUGGGCGCCUGCAUCCAGUGCCACCGCGCCAACUGCUACACCGCCUUCCACGUCAGCUGCGCCCAGAAGGCCGGGCUCUACAUGAAGAUGGAGCCCGUCAAGGAGGUGACGGACGACGGCACGCCCACCUUCUCGGUGAAGAAGACGGCCUACUGCGGCGCGCACACCCCCGCCGGCUGCGUCCGGAGGCCCCUCACCAUCUACGAAGAAGCCAAAGCCAACAACAGACUCUGCCAGAACGGGGACAGGAACAGCGGCAGGAGCCGGUUAAAAGGCAGACAGAAGAAGAAGAGUAAGAAGAAGGCCGUCUCCGAGCCCCCGGCUGUGGUCCCAGCAGUAUCCAUGCCGAAUAUACCUCCCCAAAGGCUAAACACCAUCCUCAGUCAGGUGUCUGUCCAGAAGAAGAAAGUGUUCAUCGAGCGGGCCCUGAGCUACUGGUCGCUGAAAAGGCAGUCGAGGAACGGCGUACCGCUGAUCCGACGACUGCAGUCCAGCCUCCAGUCCCAGAAAACCACGCAGCCGAAGGAGAAUGAGGAGGAGAGGCGGGCGCUUAAGGAGCAGCUGAAGGAGUGGCACCGCCUGCGCCAUGACCUGGAGCGCGCCCGUUUGUUACUGGAGCUGAUCCGCAAGAGGGAGAAGCUCAAGAGGGAGGAGAUGAAGCUGCAGCAGUCUGUUCUGGAGGUACAGCUCACCCCAUUGACCAUUCUGCUCCAGUCCGUCUUGGACCAGCUCCAGGAGAAGGACCAGUCCAAGAUAUUUUCCCAGCCCGUUAGCCUCAAAGAGGUUCCAGAUUACUUGGACCACAUCAAGGUGCCAAUGGAUUUUUCCACCAUGAGGAAGCGCGUUGAGGCUCACGGGUACAGGAACCUGGACGAAUUUGAGGCUGACUUCAACCUCAUAGUGGCCAACUGCAUGAAGUACAACGCCAAGGACACCAUCUUCUACCGCGCGGCCGUGCGCCUGCGGGACCAGGGCGGGGCCCUGCUCAGGAAGGCCCGCCGCCACGCGGAGGUCACCGGGUUCGACUUCGACAGCGGGAUGCACCUGCCCGAACCCCCGAAGCUCGAGCCUCCGCCCGCCUUCUCCUGGGAGGAUGUGGAUCACUUACUAAACCCGGCCAACCGGGCACACAUGCCUCCUGAGGAGCAGCUGAGGGAGCUGCUGGAGAAGCUUGACCAGACGUGUAGCAUGAAGACCAGCCCUUCGCGUAGCAAGCGCCUCAAGCUUCUGAAGAAGGAGAUCAGCAGCGUGCGAGCAGAGAUGAGCCUGCGGAAUGUUCCGGGGUCCCGUCUGGAGGAGAGGGAGUCCAGACCGGAGGAGGUGGAGCCCGCUGGACCGGGCACAGAGGAUGAUGGAGAUAAGUCUCUGCCACCGAAGCUGGAGCCUUCUGACUCAUUGCCUCCUCCGAUGAACGCAGACAGCCACUCAGAACCGCCUACACUCAAACCCAUCCACCCCAGCCCCGACAGCAAGUGCCACAAGCGCGUCAAGUUCGACGGCGGGAAACGCGGGGCGCCGGGAUCCAAGGAGACGCUGAACGGACACGCCUCCGAGUGCCCGCCGCUGCCCGACGGCGACGUCAGCGUGGUCGCCACGUCGACGCUGUCCGAGCCGUCCGGGCCCGUCAACCGGCGCACGUCGGUGCUCUUCCGCAAGUCCAAGAGCGCCAGCCCCCAGAAGCCCAGCAGGGAGCCCGACCCCCAGGCCCCCUGCCCCCAGCUGGGCACCAAAACCUUCCUGUCCGUGGUGAUCCCGCGGCUGGAGACGCUCCUGCAGCCCAGGAAGCGGUCCCGGAGCGCCAGCGGGGACAGCGAGGGGGACGAGUCGUCCCCCAGCAAGCGCUUCGAUGCAGGACUGUCUAACGGCUUUGUCGUCGAGCAGGAGAAAGAGCUCAGUCCCAGCAGGCAGCUGGAGCCUCGCCGGAGGUGCGCCUCGGAGUCCAGCAUCUCCUCCAGCGGCAGCCUGCUGUGUAGCACCAGCAGUUUCAGUCUUCCAAAGUGCGGGAAGGGGAAGCCCGCGCUGGUGAGGAGAAACACGGUGGACGACAAGACCCAGCUGAUCGCCUGCAUCGAAAACGGAAACUUCGCCAAAGCAGCCAGGAUCGCAGCUGAAGUUGGCAACAGCAAUAUAUGGAUGCCUGCUAGUGCUGCGACUGUUGUUCUGGAACCUCUAAAACUAGUUUGGGCAAAAUGUAGCGGAUACCCCUCCUACCCUGCCUUGAUAAUAGACCCCAAGAUGCCCCGGGUGGGCUGUCAGCACAACGGCGUCUCGAUCCCGAUGCCCCCGCUGGACGUGCUCAGGAUCGGAGAGCAGAUGCAGUACAAGUCCGGAGAGAAACUCUUCCUCGUCCUCUUCUUCGACAACAAACGCAGUUGGCAGUGGCUUCCUAAAUCCAAAAUGGUCCCGCUGGGGAUCGACAAGACCAUCGACAAGAUCAAGAUGAUGGAGGGCCGCACCUCCAGCAUCCGGAAGGCCGUGCAGACGGCCUUCAACCGAGCCAUGAACCACCUCAGCCGCGUCCAGGACCAGCCCGCCAGCGACCUGAGCGACGUGGACUGAGCCUCGGGCCCGUGCCAGCCUCGCCCAACCUCCGGGGGUGGGGAGGGCGGGGCGGGGUGCGGCGGGGUGGGGGCAGGGCCCCCCUACUCGCCUUCCAAUUCACCAGACGCCUCAAUCUGUAUUGCCCAGCAACACCCCCCUAACCACCCCCCCACCCGCCACUCCCCCACCCUCUCAGCCUUGCUGGCCUGAUGGCUGCUACUUGAUGAAUGUGUUUCUCCGUGACUGCUACCACAGCACCACUGGACUGCACACAGACCUCUGCACUCCGUACAACAUUUCGCCCCACGUUCACUCCAUUUCCCGCCACUUAUAAUACCUGUGUAUUUAAUGAACUGUGUAAAUACCUGUACAUUUCCCGACACUAACUUAUUGUGUAGAUUUUUUUUUUUUUUUUUUUUUUUAAAGAAUUGGUACUGUAUAUUGCUUGGUAUUUAUACUUAAAAGUGGUUCAUGUUAGCACUAUCAUGCGGUCUUUGCUGGUGCUACGGACACUAGGAAGUCCUGGUUAUAAACAAGACCCGUGUAGGGCUUAAACAAACUGUUUCGAAAGUAUUUCAGCAACUCCUUUUCAUUUGUUUCUGCUUUUCUUAAGUUAUUGAAGUUUAUUUGCUUAAACUUCCUCACUCUGCAUCUUUAUUUUUGUACAAGAAUAUUUUCAAGAAUUUUAGUAUGUUUUGUUUGUACAUAUUUAUAUAAAUCUAUAUAUCUGUAUACUUCAGAUGCUUACACGGGGAAAUCUUUAGUAGCUAUGGGAAACCGAAAGUGCAUCAUUCUCACGAAACCAAAAAUACAAGCUGCCCAGAUUUUUCCUACUUUUUAUUUUUACUUUGUCUGGUGUGAAUGGUAUUAGUCAGACUUAAAAAAAAAAAAAACAUUUUUAAUCAGUGGUUUUAAUUUCAUUAUUAUGUUACAGGGACCUUUAUUAUAACUGUAGGAGGGUGAGUCUGUUUUUAUUUAUUGUAAAGAAAAAAAUAUUUGCAUUACUUUAUAUACAGAGAAAUGUAAAGGAUUAAGUGAUGGCAGGUUAUUGUGGACCUAUUUUUGUUUUGCAAAAUAUGACUGUUUUUCGUGUAAUUUUGAUGGUUGAUCAAUAGAAUUUGUGAUUGUUAUUUUAGUAGGAUCCUGGGUAGCAAUAGAUAGGUUUUGAAAACAUUUUUGUAUGGUAUGUUCUGUACAUAGACCAUUGUUAGGUGGUUACUGGGAUCACCCCAAUAGGGUUUUUAUUUUUGUUUUUAUUUUAUUUUUUAAUAAAUACACUGAAAAUACAGAAAA